CCUGUGUGUGUCACCUUGUGUGUCUGGCCACAACAUUCUAGGCCAAACAUUCUAAGGUGAACAGAGCAAUAAGAGCUGGCUCAGCGAAAACAUUUGGAGCACCCAUCACUACUACACCGAAUGUUUCCUGUUGCCUUGGUCGUUGUUUGAUUGCAGGCAUCACAAUCGCAAAGAAACCUGAGAGCAAGGAGUGUAACACAGCUCAAAGAGCCUGGACCUGGUGUAGGGAGACACUGGAAAGUAUUUCAUCCAUACAAUUCAUUUACAUUUGUCUCAGAAGUUUACCUGGCGUGGACAAAGAAAUAUUUUUCCAUCAAUGGAAAACACUCUAAACCAUGAGACAGAGGAAAACCCUUAUCUAUGUUUCCAGAGGACCCCUUCCCUAAGACGUAAAUGGAGGAAGCGGUAUGGAGGUUUGGAUGGGAACAAAUUACUAGAGCCAAACAAAGAGGACGAUGUGAGAGAGAAUGGCAUGAUGACAGAAGCCCAUGAAGCGAGGCAUCCUUCCCCAGUGAAAUGUGCUGAUGGCCAGGAUACAGCUUCAUAUGGGAGUGUUUCACUUCCCAUGUCAAGAAAUGCAUUUCAGCCUCAGGCUCAAAGACCUGUCAACUUAACAAGCCCUGGAUCAAUAGGCCUGUCAUCACUGGUCAGUAAUGGAGCUCUUAAGCCCCCCUCGCCCCAGGCAGAGCAGGACAGGCCAGUCAUCACCUCCCCCAAGCCCUGGCUCAGUGUUGGCAGGGCAGAGACCAUGCAGGGACACUCAAAGAAGAGGGCUGCUGCUGAUGUUCUAUUUGACAGCUUUGCCUCUGAAGGGAGAGUCAGCAUGAACCAUUUUUUUGAGACUGUGUGGCGCACAGGCCUUCACAGAUCCGACCCUCGAAUCAAGGACUGCUACUUCCAUAUGAGGAAACUGCAGGAUGCAGACGGAACAGUAGACAGGAACACCUUUCAAAGGUGUGUGACUGGAUUUGUGUCCCUCAUCCUGAAAGCUCUACAAGGAAGGUUUGUCAUCCCAGACUUUGCAACCUUCACUGAUGAAACUCAGAAGCUGUUCAUUAAAUGUAAACAGCUGUCUUCAGUCAAAGAAAAGGACAGUGGGGACAGCACUAAUAAGUGGGCCGUCUCCAUCUGUACAGUGGACGGUCAGAGGCUAUCUUUAGGUGACUGGGCUGAGCCCUGUAUUCUGGGGGAGGUAUCCUGGCCUCUAGUUUAUGGCCUUGCAGUGGACCAGCUCGGAGUGGACGCGGUGCACAGACAUGUAGGCAUGGAGGAAUUCUCCAAGUACGACUCUCAUUUCACCCUCACUAAACAAGGGGUUCCUCACAGUCCAUUCAUUGAGACAGGUGCAAUUAUUACAACAUCUUUGUUACAGCUGUCAGCCAGUGUUGGUGCAGAGGAAGAGGACAAAUAUGAAUCUGUCUUGAAUGCUGUCAAAAGACUUUGCAAUAAGGAACAUGCUAAUUUAAACUGCUCAAGAUACCAAACCUUGAGAAAGGAUAGUAUCAGACUUCAUUCCUUAUCUUUUUACCUCCAAGAAAAGAAAUGCUUUCCUGAGAACAUUGACAUAAAUGCCACGUUGGAUUUAAUGCUGCAGUGUGCCUCCACAGAAGUCACGUGUGAAUCAGGGGCAGCCAUGGCAGGCUCUUUAGCCAAUGGGGGACUCUGUCCUCUGUCAGGUGACCAGGUGCUGUCACCGUUGGCUACAAAGAGUAUGCUGUCUAUGAUGCAGGUUGCAGGAAUGAACAACUACUCCAGAAUGUUUCACUUUAAGACAUCUGCUCCAGCCAAGUCCAGUAAAUCGGGGCUUGUGCUGGCUGUGGUCCCAGGAGUUCUAGGGCUGCUGUGUUGGUCACCGGACCUGGACUGCUUUGGAAACUGCUGGAAGGCUGUGCACUUCUGUGAGGAGCUAAUAUCAACAUUCCAGCUGCAUAGUUUUGACAUCCGAACACCAUUCAGACAGGUGCUUACAUACAGACAGUGGAAAGCAGAGUCUGAGGGUUAUCAAAUCAUGAAUAUCCUACUGGCUGCCUUCAAAGGUGACAUGCAGUCCUUGCAAAGGUACUUCCUGUCUGGGGCUGAUGUGAAUGCAGUAGACUAUGAUGGAAGGUCUGCUCUCCAUGUGGCUGCCUCUGAGGGUCACUUUGAGGUUAUACGGUUCCUAGUGGAGAACACCGGUGCCAACUACUCCCUUCAGGACCGGUGGGGUAACACGCCCAUGCAGGAGGCUAUUAAACACUGCCAUGAACCUGCUGCUCAACUGCUCAAGAAAUACAUAGAGGAGCCUGUGACUUUGUGAAGACUAAAGGCACAUAAAGUACCAGCCAAACUUUUGACUGGUACUGUACAAGAUCAAUGGUUGGCAUGAACAAAGUACAUUUUCUCUUAAUUAUAGUCGUAAUAUUGUGUGAAAAUUUGUUUUUAUUUCAUGUCCAAGGCAAUUUUAUUUAAAAAUACAAAAGACUAAAUAUCUUCAAACUAUCAUGCUUUUAUACGUUUUUCUAUUUUGCACCGCAUUCAUUUUCAAGCAUCAUACAGUUUUAUAGUUUUGGCAACUCUAGAUGAAAAAAUAUACAGUGUAAACAUCAAAGAAUCUCAUAAGUUUUGUGGUAAAUAGUGUAUUUUAAAUCCAAAAUGUACUAUAUGUAAUAUAUGCCUGUAUAUUAUGUUGUUUUCAUGAUAACAUUGUUUUCAACAACUGACCAAUCGCAUCAGCUCUUUUUACUUCAAAACAUUUAUUAGAACUAAUUUGAUUGGUCAAAAGAUAAAGGGGAUUGUUUUGACUUUUUUGAAGGAAGGCCCAACAGUUCGUUAUAACAUAAUACCCAAACAUCUAUAUUAGCUAAUUAUAAUUUAUUUGAUUUCUUACACGGACCAAAACCACAAAUAAUCCCUGUUAUCUGUAUAUUACAUUUCACUUAUAAACUUAAAUCAUAAAUAAAGGU